CAGAUGGAAGUGCCCACCGUCUCCAAAACUCUUAAGCCUACUGCUGGUGUCACUCAAGAGUCUCUGGAGCCCAGGAUUAUUGUUGCCUUAUUCAAAAUCGGAUCACUUCCCCCUCUCUCCUGGGGUUCUCUCCCUUCCCUAAAGGGUGGGGUCCAUCAAGCAACUGAACAAGAGACUGCAAAGAAGUUUGAAAAUCUCCUAAAAGAAAUUAAGGAUAUUGUUAAAAAUAUGACAAGUUGUGAAGAGAAGAUCACAGAAGCAAAAGAAUCUUUUGAGGAAACCAAUAUUUCUGAGGAUGUGGCAGAGCUUACAGAAAAAAUCAGAGGACUCGAUAAAAUGAACAAAGUGCUAUUGAAAAACCUGCUUGGUAGUUUGGACCUAGAGAAAGAACAGAAUGCAAAGAAACAGGAGAUGAUAUUGGAAAACCAGAACUCCAAGGAUACAGUACAAGGUUUUGCAAGGGAUUUGGUAAAUCGUUCAGAAGAAGAAAGAGCCCUGAAUGAAACUCAGCUAAGUAAGGAAAAGGCAAAGCAUGAAUUCCCUCAUGUUCAAGAAAAAAAUAUCAAACUUAGGAGCAACAUGGAGCAGUUACUCCAGGAAGCAGAACACUGGAGUGUGCAACAUAGUGAGCUUAGUGAACUAAUAAAAUUGUACCAGAAAUCUCAGGAAGACAUAAGAGAAACUCUUGCAAAUAAUAGAAUCCAUUUCCAAACGCAACCAAAUAACGAGGCGUCAGCUAAGCACAAGCUGGAGGAACAAGUGAAGAAACUGAAGCAUGACACGUAUUCAUUGCGUUUGAUUGCAGCUUUGCUGGAGAAUGAAUGCCAGAUCUUACAGCAGAGAGUAGAGCUUCUCAAGGAACUCCAUCGUCAGAAAGAGCGAGCUGGGCAAGAGAAGCCAAUUCAGAUCAACAGUGAACAGGAGGAGAAAGAACCGAAGCUACCAGAAGCCCAGAAGGUAGAAAUGUAUAAGCAGAAAAUACAAGCAAUGGAGGGUGCAUUUCAGAAAAGAAACCAAUUCUAUAGAAGCCUGGAUGUUUGUCGUAAUAAAAAAGCUUGUAAUAACUGGCUCAAUAUUCGUAUUGCAAGAAAAGCUCUUAUGGGAAAAAGGAGGCCAGGCAGCAGCCUAAGAUAG